AAAAGAGGUGUGGACCCUUGACACUCGAAGAAUUAGGAGUGAUUAACUGCGUCGUCACAGAUUUUUUUCUUUAUAAACAUCAAGUUAGUGGCGAAUGCAGUUGAUAGCUGUCUGGCGGCUGUCUUGGUUGGUGGUAGAAUCUCAAAGUUACAUUCCUGAUGGCUCAGGCCCGUGAGCUUCCUCUUGGAGAAAUCUCCUUGGAGCAGGAGCCUGAGCAGAGCUAUUACAUUGUGAAAAAGCGCCCAGCAGUCAUCGUGUGUAAGGCCAGGAAUGCCGUGGACAUAACUUUCACCUGUGCGGGCACCCAGAUCCCACCAACCUCUGUAGAGAUGGAGGACAUGUCUGAUGUCGAUCCUGAGGUCAUUCAGGCCAAGAUUGAAGUCACUCGGGCUGAUGUCCAGAACUAUGAUGACAGCCAGGGUGCCUUCUGGUGUGAGUGUAGUGCUCUGGACAUUGACGGUCAGCCGGCUGUCACUAGUAGACGAAGCUUCAUCACUGUUGCACAUCUGAAACAUAGGUUCUCCAGCCACCCACAAAGCAGGCAGGCAUCUGAGGGUGAGAAUGUUGAGUUCAUUUGUGGUGCUCCUGUGGGCGAUCCCAAACCCGAGAUUCUGUGGAGGAAAGACAAGAAACGCUUAAAUAUCAAGGAAAACAGCCGCCUAGUCGUAACUGAUCAGGGUAGCCUCGUCAUUGAAUCUGCCACUCAGGAGGAUUCUGGACUGUACCAAUGUGUGGCUAAGAAUCCUGCUGGACGUCGAGAAAGCAAAGAGGCUAAGCUGACAGUAUCAGUUUACGCAGAAUCUUCAGAACCUGCAGAGGAAGUGUCUGCUGGAGAAUCUUCCGAGAGCAGAAUUCGCAACCCUCGCCAGUCUGAAAAGAAAACAUAUUUCAGCACUCUUCCUCAAGAUUCUUACUAUAUCAGACCUGAUGAGAAAGUGACCAUGGAGUGUGAAGCUACAGCUGCUGACAUCCUUACUUUUAGGUGCAAUGGACAAAGAAUGCAGAGGCAUCAAAUGCAAACGGAACAGGGCACGGACAAUGCUGGCAACAGAGUCAUUAAGUCUGUGCUGACAGUUGAGUAUGCAGAUGUGAGGGACUACUACUCUAAAGCUGGUGAUAGCAGUUCUUAUGCUUGUGUGUGUGUAGCUUGGUAUCAGGACGCAACCAAUCCAAGAGGCUGGGGACAUAUCUCCUCUGACGAGAACGUUGGCAUUGUUUUACUUUCCUACCUGGACAGAACAUUCCAAGUUGAACCCUCUGACCUGACUGUGGGUGUGAACACUGAUGCUGUUCUCCUGUGCGAACCCCCUAAGGGACAGCCAAGCCCAUGGGUGUACUGGUUCAAGGAUCGCGUUCGCCUGGACCCACGUUCCGAUGAUCAUUACUCCAUCAAUGCCAAGGGCCACCUGACCAUUCACAGAGUACAGUAUGACGAUUCCGGAGUGUACAACUGCUUAGCUGAAAACACUGUAGACCAGAUUCAAAGUAAAAGGGCACGACUCAUUGUUACAGCUGAAGCCCCAGCAACAACUGCUGCUCCUGUUGCAUCCAUGGAGGACACCAUUCCAUCUUUCCCGGACCAGAUUCCAGACUUCCCUGUGUUCUUGAAUGAUUUGAAACCACAAUACGACAUUACUUCAGGAGACCGUGCAACUUUGGUGUGCUCAGUUGUUUCAGCUGACCAGCUGACUUUCCUGUGUGGUCAGGCAAGAAUUGAUUCUAAGGAUCUGAAGAAGUCUGACUCUCAGUAUGAUAAUGAGUCUGGAAAAAGACUGCUGUACGCCAGCUAUGAAGUUACUGAGGAUGUGCUGAGCGGAGCAUCAGAUGACUUUUACUGCCAGUGCACUGCUUGGUACUUGAAUGCUGAUGGCAAAUGGCAAAUGCUUCAAGGAAACAAAGGCUUUGUUAAUCUGGUGGAAGGAGAAGAGAGAGAACCAGAACCUAAAACCUAUAUCAAUGAUGAUUUUGUCUAUGAACCUACUGAUUUGACUGUUGACUUUGAGGGUGAGGCUGAACUAGCCUGUGAGCCACCACAGGGAUAUCCUGAACCCACAGUUUACUGGACGAAAGACGGGGUGAAGAUCAAGCCUGAACUUGACAGCAACUUCAUUGUUCUGGAAGAGGGUCCUCUGAUCAUUGAAUAUGUGAGACUGGGAGAUGAGGGCAUGUAUACUUGUGUGGCAGAAAACUCUGCUGGAAGUCGUGUUUCCAGACCAAUGCAGCUAACCGUUCGUGGAAAACCUACAACCCUGCCACCAACGACACCAACGACUCCAAUGACACCAACUCCUGAACCAACCGACGAAGACAUUACUGAUGGAACAGAUCUGUACCCCACUACCAGUGACUAUUAUGACUACACUGCAAUCAAACUUACUGAGCCCUUGUUCUCUAUGGAGCCAAAGGAGGCCAGCUACAUUGUUAAUGAUCUUCCCAUCACUCUCUCCUGCUCUGUUGUGGCUGCCAAGAGCUUGGUGUUUGCUUGCAAUGAUGAAGUCGUUGAUGAAACAGUAAAAACAGGAUACCUCACAAUUGAACCAACUUCUCAACAAGAAAUAAGAGACAACUCUUUGACAAUCACCAAAGAACAGGUUGAGGCUUGGACUGGCUCUGACCCCUUCAGCUGUACUUGCCGUGGCUACUAUCUGGCCGAGGGCGCUGAGGCUGGAGACUGGUCGUUUGUGGAGAGCAGAGCUGGCACAAUUCAGAUUGCUUUCUUCAAGAAAAGGUUUAUGAUGGAGCCAGUAAGCCAGAAUGUACAACAAGGAGAGGAUGCAGAGUUGAGAUGCAAAGCCCCAGCAGGAGUUCCCACGCCAACAGUGUACUGGCUUAAAGAUGGCUACCGUUUGAAUGAGGAUGAGACUGUUAUGAUCAAUGAGCAAGGAAGUCUGAUGAUUAAAGGAUUUUCUGCUAAAGAUGAAGGGGAUUACACAUGUGUUGCUGAAAACAUGUUGAAACGAAGGACCAGUAAAACAGCAUCAAUCAGACUAGCUGGUGAGCAAACAUAUUUUUUAAUGAAUUGGGUUUGUAAAUACUAA